AUGGUGUCUUCCGACCCUGCUGCCAGCAGUGGCAGCAAAGAUGAGAAGGAUGCCGGCCUCCCGAGCUACUCGAGCCCGGUGAUCACACAGGAAGAGGGCGCCCAAAGAUCCGACAACUGGGCGACACGCAAUGGUCUAAAUUUGGACUCCUUCAAGAAGCGUGAUUAUGGUACCGGAAUUGUUGAGCUCGACCGGAGCAUGAAACCGCGACAUCUGCACAUGAUUGCUAUCGGCGGUUCUAUCGGUGCUGGUUUCUUCGUUGGAUCGGGUAGUGCCUUAGCCACAGGUGGCCCCGCGACUCUUCUAAUCGAUUUUUCUAUCAUCGGUAUAAUGAUGUUUAAUGUCGUUUACGCUCUUGGUGAACUCGCUGUUAUGUUUCCUAUCUCUGGUGGCUUCUACACGUAUGCAACUCGCUUUAUUGAUCCUUCCUGGGGUUUCGCUAUGGGAUGGAAUUACGUCUUACAAUGGGCUGUCGUCGUUCCGCUAGAACUCACUGUAUGCUCCAUCUCGAUCUCCUAUUGGAACGCGGAUAUUAGCCCUGGUGUCUGGAUUACCGUCUUUUACGUCUUCCUCAUCAUAGUUAACAUCUUUGGAACUCUUGGUUACGCAGAGGAAGAGUUUUGGGCUUCCCUUUUAAAGCUUGGUGCUACUAUCGUCUUCAUGUUUAUUUCACUGGUUUGCGUCCUUGGAGGUGCCCCUGAGGGAAGCCGGUAUGACGAAUACUAUGGCGCACGCCUUUGGUACGACCCUGGUGCAUUCCGCCACGGUUUCCGAGGUUUCUGUGCUGUAUUCGUCACAGCCGCCUUUUCUUUCAGCGGAACUGAGCUAGUUGGUCUUGCUGCUGCUGAAGCGCGCAAUCCCGCAAAGGCCCUUCCUAGUGCCAUCAAACAGGUCUUUUGGCGUAUCACUCUAUUCUAUAUUCUUGGUCUUACUUUCGUUGGUCUUCUAAUUCCGAGCGAUGACCCCCAUCUACUCAACGCCGGUUCGAACGAUGUUACAGCGUCGCCCUUCGUGCUGGUUGGGCAAUAUGCUAACCUCAAUGGAUUCAACCACUUCAUGAACUUUAUUAUCCUAAUCUCGGUUGUUUCCAUCGGCGUAUCUGGUGUCUACGGUGGAAGCCGCACUUUGACUGCCCUCGCCCAGCAGGGUUAUGCCCCUAAGAUUUUCUCAUACGUCGACCGAGGUGGCCGCCCUACAUUCUCCGUCGCUCUUCUUCUCGCUUUCGGUCUUCUCGCAUAUAUCAACUUGGCUGCCGCCGGUCCAGAUGUUUUCACUUGGCUGCAGGCCUUGUCUGGUCUCGCAGCUCUCUUUACUUGGGGCUCUAUCUGUCUAGCGCAUAUUCGAUUCCGUAAGGCUUGGGCAUACCACGGUCACACCCUGGACGAAAUCCCAUUUAAAGCGAUAGGCGGUGUCUAUGGAUCGUGGCUCGGAUUGAUCUUAGUUGCCUUAGUAUUGAUUGCUCAGUUAUUCGUAGCUAUUUGCCCCCCCGGAGGUGGCAUCAACGAUGCUGCGGGAUUCUUCGAGCAAUAUCUUGCGCUUCCCGUCGUGAUGCUAUUCUGGGUUGUUGGUUAUUUAUGGAAGCGUACCGGUUGGUUACGUACACACCAGAUUGAUGUAGACACCGGAAGACGAGAGGUUGACUGGGUUGAGAUCAACGCGUUUCGCGAGAAGCUUGCCGCAAUGCCUGCGUGGAGGCGUCUACUAGACCUUGUGUUUUAG